UGUCAGCUAAGAAAUCCUCGGCAGGAAUCGACCCGCUCAGGUGCUGCUCAUGCCGCCUGCGCCCCGCCAGGCCACCACCACCACCACCACUAGCCCGGCAGUGACUAGAGGCAGCUGUGCAGGGGUGAUCUUUGAAGGCCCUGGGACGUGCGCCUGGGUGACCACUCCUCCAAGGGCCUCCUCCAGCAGGCAUGAGGUUUUGAUGUGAGAAGAUGAAGUGAUCAGGAACAAUGGAAAAAUUACAGGAAAAACAAAUUCGACACCCAAAAUUCUAAAAAAUAGAAAAUACAUAUAUAUAUGUAUAUGUAUAUAUAUGACCAAGACUCAAAAAUUAUCAUAACUUAAAAUGGCUAUUCAAGAUCUUCAGCGAUUCUUGGAAUCACAAGUCCCAGGUGCAUGUGUCCCUGUGGAUCUUUUGAAGAUUGCUAAGAGUGUGGGGAUCCGGCGCAGCAACCACCGCAGUGCUCCACGGGGCCUGUAUGGCCAUGUUCCUCUCACCCUUGUUGUGGAUGGGGAGUACUGCCUUGACAGACUCUAUGGAGGAUUCUUUUCAGACUGGGUGUGUGGUGGACAGUGGAAUCGUAUGGUGCAGUUUUUGGCAGUGCUUAUGCAAACAGUCCAGAACAACAAUAUAGAACUAGCUGUGUUCUUCAAUGGUGCUCUUGAACAACAACGGCUCAGUGAAUGGGCCAGGCAUGAAUGUUCUCUUAGGAAAAACGUAAAUUCUGUACUAAAGCAUGUGACAGUGAAAGGCACACCUCCACCAAAAGUGUGGUGGGUUGCACCUGUUGGACUGCGCACCUGUCUACGUAUGGCUUUGCGCCAUCUCAACAUACAAGUUUUAUGCACAAUGGAUGAUCACCAUCAAGAAGUCAUAGCAUUCUGCCGUGAAAAUAAUUAUCAUGGCCUCAUGGCAGAAGAUGCUGAAUAUAUCAUUUUUGACCCUCCUCGGUAUUUCUCAUCCCACCAGCUCAAACUUACGUACAAGGGUUCCCUAGAGACCAAAGAGUUUAUCCUAGACGAGGUGGCCCGAGGUUUGGGUCUUCAGCGCAACUAUUUCUGCUUACUGGCUGCACUCUUAGGAAAUUAUUUGCUUACAGAGAUAGAUCUUAAGGAUUUUUAUGCAUCACUGAUUCCAGGUUAUGACAAACAGCAGACGCCGCAGGAAGAUGUCAUACGUGCUGUAGUCAAGUUUAUAGUGAAUCAGAUUGAUGUGAACAACUUGUUGACCAUUGGAGCACAAGUGUUUGGCUCUGUAAGUGAUCCUCGAGUGGCCAAGUUCAAGGAAUCUGUACAGUACUUCCUCAAUGGCACAAAGGAUGGUUUUCUUCGUUAUAAGCCAUUUCCUUCAGGGAGGCGAGACUGUGGUCCCCGGCAUGCUCCACACCACUACCACACCAUGCAUAGACCAGAGAUAAGGGAGCCCAAGCAGUUUGAGGGCCCAAGCAGACUUGAUACCUUCCCUAAGUGUGGAGAGGGGUCAGGUUUACCUGUCCCAGGUUUGGCUGUUGUUCCUGAGAAGGAGAAUGGGGAAAAUGGCAGCGGGACUGCCAACCUCGUGACACCUCCUCAAAUUGUAAUUGAAGUGACAGGCCCUGGGAGCCCCCAGAACAACAGUCGAGGAGGCAGUGGCAGCGGCUCACGUUCUCCUGAUGCUGCCCAGCUGGAACAAGCACUAGAGUCCCGUCUUGGUGGCUUUACUAUUGUAGUGACUGGGGAAGAUGAUGAGCCACACCCAGCCAAUGAGAAUAUUGAUUGUGGGGAAAGGGAAACACAGAUUGGGAGAGAGAAUGAGAAAGUGGUGAAUGAAGGAGGGCACCAAGAGGAGAGGGAGGAGGGGGAGGAGCAGCAUCAGAAGGGGGACCUGACAGUACAGCCGGCCGACCUCGAUGACCACCGACCACGACUCAGGUAUAUUAUGUUAUCAGUGAACGCCAAUCUUGCGUCGUGGUGGCACAGGCUACUCAGAGAGCACACUUUACUUGAGACCUCUCAAACUUGCACGCUUGUGCCUUGUGGACCCAUGAGCAGCAAAAGUGGCGGUUGUCUGGGGUCAACUGCUUCAGGCUCUCCUGGUGCUUCGCUCCUGUUGUCAUCAUCCUCCUCAUCCAGCAAUAGCUCAGCUGCGUCUCCUUAUCGCCUUACCCCUGAUGUGUCAUGGGCAGCUCAGGUGUACCGCUCCAACCACACUUCACAGUCCAGUAGUCCAGUUGAAGGAAACCAUGAAGCAGGCCCUCAGAUUGAUCCCAACCCUCUCCCUCUGCCCCCGGUGCCUCAUGAGGUUAUGCGAACUGCCUCUGAGCGUCAUCAAAAAGGGCUGAUGUGUCCUUGGAUAUAUCAAGUUCUAACACAGGGAGAAGUAAAAUUUGGUGUCUGCAUGGAGGAUGAAAACAACAGAGAGCUACCCAAUGCUGUUUUGUUCUACCGUUCCAUUCGACAGUCAGUAUAUGCCAUUUUGUACAACCUGCACCAUCAUACUUUUAUGGCCCGCAAAGCUAAGGAGGAGGGCCAAAAAGGAUUGGCUACUGAAGUACCUGAAGUUAAGAUUCGUGAGUGGGUGUACACGAAAAGUAAUCCUUACCGCACUGCUGACGUAGUAGAAGCCAUCCCCAUUAAUUGGGCUGUGCCAACCGUCCAGAGGUUAUGGUUUGGGUCUGUUGUGGAUGACAAGAAGCGCCGGCUGAGGGCAUUCUUGAGCUGCAUGAGGUCUGACACACCUUUGAUGCUUCACACCUCUCAUGUGCCCCAGCAUCUUCUCAUCAUGGCAACAGUCCUUAGAUAUAUAAUGAGCACUCCAAAUGGCCCUGUGUUAAGAAAGCAAGAAUUAGAUGCUUUUCUACUGACAGCCUUCUCAUCUGAUCUCACAAAUGCACAUUAUUUGCAGGAUUUGCAGCUUCCUUUGGUGACAUCUAGAGGGUCUCAACUGGCAGCACUCUUCAUGAUGGGUGUAGAGACGGCCUUGUUUGCUAAUGAUGCUUGUGGUGCUCCAGUUCCAUGGCUCAUGUGCUGUCCAUGGCUCUUCUUUGAUGGAAAGCUCUUCCAUGCAAAGUUGAUAAGAGCUAAUUGUGCCAGAUCUCUUGUAGAGGUAUGUGAUGGAGAAAUUGAUUUGGUUGCCAAAGUUGAAAGAUGUAGACAGGCCAUCUUGGAGGGACUGAGGGUUGAGUUUGCUCACCAACCUGCCCCUCCACUUCCUGGGGUGAGCACACACAAGGUUGGUCCCCCACCACCACCUCCACACUAUCCAGGGUUUAACCAUUAUAGUGGUAGAGGCAGAGGACGAGGAAUCCCAGGGAGGACUGGCUCUCACCCAGGUGGAGCAGGAAGAAUGUUUUCACGUGGAGGCCAGCUGCAGGUGGCUGGUGUAGUGGUGGGCUCCUGGGGACCCAACUAUGGUUCUAAUGGUAAUGACAAUAGAAGCAGAGGAAUCAGACAUCCACAGUACAGUGGUUAUGGUAACAGAGAUUCUGGAGGGACUAGUUCCAACAACAGAGUGUCUCGGGGAACACGAGGACGACCCACUGUUUUGGCCAAGAGACGGACUAUAAAGAAGCGUGAGGUGCGCACAAGUAAGGGACGUGGGGUUACCAUCGAGAUACCAGGCAACAGCCGAGCUGUGGGCAUGAAGGAGUUGGUGGUGGUGCCUGGUGGAGGGUAUAAUAAUGGCCAAGUGAACCAUGAUGGAGAAGGUCUCAGCCCAUAUCCACCCCACACUUCACAGAGUCACUCCUCCAGUGGCCUCAAGAGUCCAGACUCCGGUGUUAAUGUGUCCAUCCUGGAGUAGACAUAGUUGGAUUGUAAACAAGGGAGGUUGAUAAUUUUUGGCUAUGGGUGAAUAGUUUGGACAAUAGCUUGAGCAGCUAGAAUCCCUACAUGACUUCUAGCAUAGAUGUCUUUAUGGUGUUGAUACCUGAUAGGAUUAGCAAAUCUUUCACUGUGUAAUGUGAUUAAAUAUAAAAAGAUAGCAAAAGAUACAGUACAACAAGGGCAUUCUAAAUAUUUAGCUCUUUUGAACCCAUGGCCAGAAAUUACCAUCCCAAUUGUCAACAAUCAAUUAUGUUUAACUGCCACUUAGGCAGUCACUUUGCCACUGCCAGUAAUUAAUUCUACAUAAACAUCAUUCAUUUACCCCAUACUUGAUAAAACAUAACGUUACCACCAUUUCUAUAAGAAAUAUAUCAGCGCAAUUUCUAGCUGUAUGAGCUUAUUAUGUUGUCAUGGAGGUAGGUAGAGAGUAAAAAGUCAUAUGAAAAUGAGACAAAAUUCUUUAAAAUGUUUUAAUAUAAUUAGUGACAAGGAUUUUACUGUAGUUAUUAUUGUAUUAUGUUACUUAUCAGAGAAUCUUCAGAUUUGAAUGAAGGUACUAGUGAUAAUGUGUUUUCACAAAUAAAAGUCACCAAUUCACAUAAAUUCCAUGAAACUAAUAAUGCAGAUUUCCGUUGUAAAGAUAUAUGCAGUCUUCCACACAUUCACAUUUAUUUGAAUGAAAAUUACAUGAUUCAGUUAUCUGCUUCCAUGACAUAGUAAUCAAGACCAUAAAGGCUGUAUUCCCAUUAUUAUGAGCUAAAUAUGUAAACACCUUUUCAUUAUGGAGCUUAGCUUCAUGAUCCCCAGUAUGCGACAAAUUUUUACACCUGUCAGACUGUCUGUGAUGUUAGAAGCUCUACAUACAGAUGUUAUCGGUGACUGUGAACCUUUAGGAUAGAUUAUUCAGGCCUGCAACAUUUUUAGAGUAUAAUUUUGGCCUCAACUGGAAGUGUUCUGAAGGUCAUAGUCCCUGAUCUCAUCAUAAUUGUACUCCCAGAAAGUACAAGGUGGGCAGCUGCAGACACUUGAGUGCAUGCCAUGAGAAGGUGCCAGCUACCCCCUCCGCUGCUGUUAGACACGAAGUAUAUAUGAAGAUGAAUUUUUAUUUUUAUAUGACUGUUAUAUUGUUAAAAUGGUGAUGGAGACAUUUAAAGAAUGAGACUUGUUGGAAGUUGGCAAGUUUGUGGUUGCGUUUCAGGAAGGUGACAACCACUACCACAGACAGCAUGGCUAUGAUUGCAUGCAUAGAAAGCCUGACAAAGAAUUUUGACAAAACUAAUGAAAUCCACUCAUUUUACUAUUGCUGGAUUAUGUCAGUUUUACAUAACCCAAUGUAAGAAUAGAAGAAUUUUUGAAGAAUGCAGAAUUUAGAUGGUUCAAUUUUUUGAAGAGAAUAUGACAGUAGCAAGGGUUUUCAAAUUUUGUAUUUGCAUAUAUGCAAUGCACAAUUUAGUUAUGGUUCAUAAAGUUGUUAAUGAGAAUGCACCAAUCUCUGGAAACUUACCAGAUCAUGGGAUAAAGGAAAUUUAAAUGGUACUUUAAUAAUUUGAUGUACUUGAUGCUUUUGAUAAUAUUCUUGUUCUUAUAUAUGUUGAAGCCACCACCCAGGACUGCAAAGAGAUGGCAGAUAAGGUGUAUGUGUCUAGCACAUAGGAUCAGUCUUGGGUUAAAUACUUUAGCAUUCAUGGCUUUCUCUAGCACAUAGGAUCAGUCUUGGGUUAAAUACUUUAGCAUUCAUGGCUUUCUUUGAUAUGUUGAAUUUUGGCACUAGAAAACUUUUUUUUUUUUUACGUUUCAUCUUACCUGAAUGCAGUUUUUACUUUAGCAAUUUUGAAUUUAGGUUUUUCAUUUUCCAUAAUGAACCAAGCUUUCUCAAGUACCAGAAUGAUACAACUAGCCUAUUUUUCAUAUGAUGCCUAAAAGGUUGAACCAUCCUUUUAAUGCACCAUUUAACUCGGUGUUUAUGGGUGUUCCCCUUGCAACCAAAAAAAAAAAAAUUAUCCCUCUCACAUGAUAUGAGGAUAGGGUCAUUAUGCCAUGGCUUUUAUAUAAAACCCAGAAUUGUUGUUCCAUGUAUUAACAUGUAAAGUUUUUAUAUGGCCCAUGCUACUUGAUGCCCUUAUAUAAUGCUGUAUCACUGAGUGACUUGCAGGUUAACAAUCGUAAUUGGUGAGUUUUAGUGAGGACUGCUGUUAGUAGCACCUUGUUGCUAUAAAGCUAUAAUAUUGGACAUUGAUUAGAUGUUAAAUAUAUCAGCUUGCUCAUGUUUCAUAUACAUAUGUCAGCCAUCAGAUUGUUUUAAGGAGAAGUUUUGCAAGCAACUUUUUAAAGGAAAAAAGUUGCUAUAUCAUUGACAUUUGAAAUUAUAUUAACCAAGGCUAAUAUAUUGUCUCGGAUAAUACCCAUUGAGCUUUACUGAUUGCUACUGUAAUUUUUAAUGACGGAAUUUCAUUUAAUGGAAACUAUAUUAUCUAAUUUCCUUAGAAUUUAUAUUCCCAUUUUAAUGGGAACAACUUUGUUACAUUAUCUUGCAACAUGUCUGUGUUUCAGUGAGGGGCCCAUAUUUGUGUCAUAACUUAAGUGUCAUGUUCAGCUAAUGGAACUUUCACAGUCCUGUUAUGCACUCUACCAUAUGCUGCUACAUUAUAUUAAAACCCCACAAGCCAAUAAAUUGGAGUGAGGUCAUAUUAACAAAGUUGAUAUUUUUUAUCAUGAAAUGUCACAUAUUAGCUCCAAGUCCUUUGUGAGGAAGACUUUGCUCACCUAAGGGCUUCAUGUUAAAUUGAAACAAUAAUUUUGGUGGGCCUGUAAAAUACUGAUAAAAUCCUGAUCAAAGUAAAAAUAAUAAUGGAUUUUAGUUCAUUACAUUUGCUGUUAUUUCCUAAAGCAACACUGGAUUGCACUUUUAAUACUUGUUAUUUGUUAAAUGCAAAAUAAUAUACAUGAUAAUUAUUGACUAACAAAGUUGGGUACUGUCUUCUUCAUCACAAGGAGAAUUUCAUGCCUGGACUUUUAUUUACCAGGUUGCUUAAAUGUACAUUGUAUACAUGCAACUGAAAAUUUAAUAGCUACUUGCAUCAUAGCAUUAGGACAUUAUGAUAUAAGUAGAUCUAGUAAGGGCAAGGUGUCUUGCCUAUGUUUCAAAUAGAUUAUGUGUACAUUAUCUACUCAGUGUUGAAAUGCUCAACAGUAAUGAGCCUUGAAUGGAAAUUAUUAAUGUUCACACUAUGGGAACUACUUUAGCAUUGGUACACUCAUCAAUAGUGAACUUGAAAAUAACAAGUUAACAGGUUGUAAAUCAUUAUGCUCCUAGUUUGAUGUAGUCCAAGGCCUUCCAUUAUUUACAUUUCGUUGGGUGUUUUAAUAUUUUCUCAAUGCUUUUGAUUUAAGUGCUCACAAGCAUGUAUUUCUCUGGAUAUAAUAAUGCUAGAAAUAUUCAAUGGUCAGCAUAUGCUAACAGUUGUAUAAACCCUGCAACACAAUUUAGAAUUUUGGCCAUAAUACAUAAGUGCUUUUAAGUACAUUAGACAUUGAUUUUGUAAGUGCUCUGAUAAAUAUUAUUAUGCCUCAAUUAAGGCAUCUCUAAGUAACUUCCUUGCAGUUAUUGAAUGGGCCCCUCCUUGAUGUUAUGCUUAAAACAUAAACAUUUUAUUGGUGGAGUUGUGUCAGAAGAGCAGGAAAUCCAUGAUGAAAUUUAAAUUCAUAGCUUCCUAAUGUGAAUGUUCAUAUAUAUAUAUAUAUAUAUAUAUAUAUAUA